AUCUAUUUAUUCGACGUCCACCAAACCAGCUCCUGCCUCCCCGACGCCCUCGUCCCUCGCGCGCCAUCUCACGCCCCGAGCUCAGUUACUUCUCAGCCGGCGAGGGGAAAGGACGUCGCUCCCUCUCUUGGCUCUCCCCUUCCCCCUCCUCUCCCCCCUCUCUUCACGCAAUGCGCCCCGCGUCCUGUUAUUGUCUCUCGGUAUUAGAACAAGUUAAACCAUAAAAUAUAUAUUUUACAAAGACAGACUAUAUACCAAGACAUCAUUAAUAAACCCAAAUAUUCCACCAGUGAAGUGAAUAAGUAGCAAAAUAAAUAGAUAAAUAAAGACAAAAAAAGAAAAGAAAAAAAAGAGAGAAUGAACCGCAUAAAAGUUAAAUCGCCCGCUGAUGAAAACUAAGACAUCAGAAGCGUCUAUACAGAGCAGGUUCUACGCAAAGAUGAUAAUGUGAACUCGGAGCGUGCGUGGUGAUCAUGCGACGCAGAUCCCUCAUCUAACGUACGCGUGUCUGUCUAGUGGACAUGUGAACCCUUCUCUACACGUUGUCCUCUUCAGAGCGACAGAAGAGAGAGAGAGAGAGAGAGAGAGAGAGAGAGAGAGAGAGAGAGAGAGAGAGAGAGAGAGAGAGAGAGAGAGAGAAUCAGGAAGACGAAAGAGACAGCGCCAUCAAAGAGGAGGAACCAUGGCGACGCCCUCGGUUCCCCCAACGCCCGUCUGGCCCGAGGCCUUCGCCAACGCCUCCGACAGCGCCUCCAACGCCACCUCGGACCCCGCCUCCACCUCCAGCCUCUCGCCGGGGACGCCCAUGCUCGAGGACGCAGAGGACCUGACCAAUCUGACGCUACACACCCAGCCCUUCUACCCGCCUGUGAACGCGGGCGUGGGAACCGAACUGACGGCCCUCCUGGUGUUGGUCGUGGGCGUCGUGGGGAACCUGGUGGUGAUGUUGGUGUUCAUGUGGCGCCCCUGGGGGAGGACGCCCCUGCAGGUGGACAGGGUGGUGGGUCUGCUCGCUCUCAGCGGCCUGGCCACCACCCUGACGGCGGUGCCCUUUCAUCUCUACUCCUUCGUUACAAGUGAAUAUCCCGCUAACGACUCUCUGUGCCAAGUACAAGGUUUUCUGCUGAACCUGCUGUGUCUGCUGUGUUUAUGGUAUACCGCUGUCCUGGCUGUGGAGAGAUACGUGAAAUUCGCCUCCCCACACGAACACUCCCUCACUUUCUCCCUCUUAAAUCUCAACGUCGUUUUAUCCGGAGUGUUGGUGCUUCUCCUCAUCGAAGUCAGCGGUCCGAUCUACGGGUGGGCGGAAUACGGCUACGUGGAGGACUGCGGCAUGUGUGUGCUAAAUCCUCGGUCCACCCACAUCUUCACGUACACAGUAAUUCAGACAUCUUGCUACGUCACUUUGCCCGUCCUCGUCACCGUCUUCGCCUCCGCCAGGGUCCUGCGUGAGCUCUCCUCCUCUGACCCGGCGCCGCUCACCAGGGGAUCGCAGGUACUAAAGUCAGCCAUGGGAGUGACUGUGCUAUGCUGUUCCAUGCUGACAUCGGUUCUGCUCAUGGUGCCAUACCACGUGUUGCUAAUGCUGCAGGCUGCUGAUGUGCCUGUGCCUAUCUGGACCAAGGUAAUGUCAUACUGGCUGAAAAUCUUGGCUCUUACCUGCGUUUACCCGAUGAUCCUGCUCUCAGCCAGGCCAAGGGAGGUCUGGCCUCCCUUCGUCGCCACCUUCCACAGCCUCAAGCGAUGUCGGGUCAGAGGUUACCUCCAGGACCACGAGGGGGACCUUGAUCUCUCCAGCAUCGGCGUCGGAGGCGUCGGAGGCGUCGGAGGAGGAGGAGGAGGAGGAGGAGGAGGUGUGAUGGGCAGCGUGAGCGUGGGCGUGGGCGUGGGCGAGGGGUCCCUGCGGAAGUCGAGGAGGAUCUCAAGGGCGUCUCACGUGACCGACUCGACUGUGGUCUCAGCCUCACCCUCGCACUCGACGAAGGAGACCUGUCCGCCCUCCACCGUCAGUAGGCUGUAGGAGGCCUUGUGGAGGAGAGGGAGAGAGAGAGAGAGAGAGAGAGAGAGAGAGAGAGAGAGAGAGAAGAGAGGAGAG